AUGCUCCCCCAUCGUCCUCAGGUCAAGAAAGAGUCUCUGGACAAUGGACAGAUGGCAUUUGCUUUGGCACGACUUGAGGCCUUGGAGAGUUGCCUGAAGGAAGCAGAAGAAAAGAUUAAAUCCUUAUCCGAACAGCUUGCAGCCUCUGAAGGAGAAAAAUCAAAACUGCUUGAACGAGUUUUCUGGCUGGAGGAAAAACUAGAGGCUCUGAACCAGAAAGAAGACAAGAGAGAACUAGAUAAAAAAGUGGUUCUUGGAAAAGACCAGUGCAUCGAGAAAUUACAAGCUGAAGUGAAAGCUUCCCAGGAGCAGCAUCUAAGAGAAAUGCUUGAGCAUCAGCUGAAACUGAGAAAGCUACAAACUGAUUCAGCAAUAGCUGAGCAAGAGGCUGCCAUCACAGUUCUGGAACUCAAGGACAGGACCAAGACUCUAAGUGAAGGGAAGCCCGCCCCUAGAGAAGACAACUCACUGGAAGUGUCCUGCGGCCAUCUCCUGCCUGUGGAAGGAGUUGAUCGAAAAAUUAACCUGAUUAUGGACUUGUCGACCCAGCUUUCCCUUCAGUGUGAGAAGAUCACCCAGAUGGAAGAAGUUUUAGAGGAAAACGAAAGGAAGAUUCAGCAGCUGGAAGCCGAGCGGGGGGCCUUUCCUUUGCAAGAGGUCAAGGACCAUCCAGAAUGUUUACAAGAAGCCCCAGUUUUCUUUAAUAAUAGCAUCAUUUCUGUGGUCUCUGAUGAGGUUAUAUGUAAAGAUUCCCAGUAA